AUGAAACAAAAGUACUACACCUGGGAGGAGUGUGUGAAGUUACCUGAGGUGGCGGUAGUGCGCCGCAUUCAUGGACAUCCAAAUAUAGUCAAAAUGAGGGAGGUUAUUCGUGAACAUAAUCAGUUAUAUUUUGUAUUUGAAUACAUGGAUGGGGAUCUUCUGGGCGUUAUUCGCAAGGCGAAGCAAAUGCAAAACUACGCCGUAGGAUCUACAGGCCCUCCCCUUGGGUAUCCAACAAUCAAAAGUUAUGCGUUUCAAAUCCUGCAGUCACUUGCCUAUCUGCAUCAACGCGGAUAUUUUCACCGCGACAUGAAACCUGAGAAUUUGCUCAUAAAGAAAGAUCCAACCUCUACACCACAAGAGGUCGUUAAAUUAGCUGACUUUGGCCUCGUAAAAGAAAUUCGCACACGCCCACCUUUUACAGAUUAUGUCUCCACACGCUGGUAUCGCGCUCCGGAAUUACUGCUUCAAGACCGGGCCUAUAGCAGUCCUGUGGAUAUAUGGGCUGUGGGCUGUAUAUUGGUAGAACUCAUAACUACCCGCCCUCUUUUCGCGGGAAGUAAUGAGGUGGAUCAACUGCAUAAGAUUAUGACUGUUUUAGGUUCACCGAACGAACAGAUAUGGCCUGAAGGUAUGAUACUUGCCAAAAAGAUUCGGUAUACAUUCCCUUCAAUAAAAGGGAUCGGACUUGAACGUGUGUUACCAGCACACAUCCCUCCUCAGGCAUUCGACUUAAUAAAACAGAUGCUUGUCUAUGAUCCUAAAAAGCGUCCUACGGCGCAAGAGUGUUUACAACAUCCUUACUUUAAUGUUGGUCUAGAUGAGGGUAAUUUUGCACCACCAAACGUUACGAAGCAAUUAGCAAAUGCUGCAAAGAGAUACACUCCAAAUCCACAGAGUGCCCCUUCAGGGAAUUCUAUCUCAAAUCCUGCAUGUAAUACCAAUCGACCUUUAAUAGGAGCUUCCACUGCCCUACCAAAACAGGGUACUGUGGGACAAAAUUCAUCAUUUUCCCAACAACAACAACAAGGAUUCUGUGCACCAGUAGUGGCUGAAUCAAAAACUAAUUCAGAGGUAAAGGGAUAUAAUUCUUCAAUAGUAAAGGGAGAUUCAUUGAAAGAGCAGAAAUCAAUGGCCAAGAAAAAAGAAGAUUCAACGAGGGCACCGGGUCCUUUUGUGGGGAAAAGCAAGAAUAAUCCACCUACUGUACAAAAAAAUGAUAGUGAAGUAGACUUGGAUGGACUAAUGAAUGAGUUUGCGGGAGAACUCAAGACAUUAGGUCUCCUUCCACAGCAAAAACAGGAAACUACUUGUUCUACGUUCAAUAAUACAUCUGAUAAAAAGAGUCCUCUACAGGAUAUAAAUCUUGGUAGACCACCAGCUGGGUCCCUUAGUACUCCAACUAUUUCACCGACUGGGCAAGACCUUGUCACAACGCUCCUUAGUUCCACUCGAUAUAAGAAGUCUUCUUUUCAAAGUAUGGAGAGUGGAAACUCCUUGGUUUCACCAGGACAAGGUCCUCUACAGUCUUUACGGUCUCUAGAACCCUUGAGUCAUCGGAAUUCUUCAUUAGGUGGUAGUGGUGUUAGUGGUGGCGGGAGUAACGCAGUAUCACCUUCUAUCAAGGCACUGCUAGCAAAACAUAGAGAAGGGAAAUUCCAUUCCAUGAAGUAG